AUGCAGAUCUCUCUGAGUCUCCUGCUGGCCUGGACAGUGUCUGCAGCCACUCUGCUCUCUCCCACCCUCACCUCCAGAUCUGAUACAUCUGACCUCUGCCAGUUGCGGGAGCAGUUCAAUCUGACUGGGCUUCACCAGGAUGGAGAUGUUAUUAUAGGGGGACUGUUUGAGGUUCAUUUGCUUUCUUUGUUAUCAGAGAUGUCUUUCAAAACAAAACCAAAGCCGCUUUGGUGCCACAAGUUUAACCUCCAUGGAUUCAAACAAGCAAUGACAAUGGCUUUUGUUGUGCAAGAGAUUAACAGAAACCCAAACCUGCUUCCGUAUUUAAAGCUAGGCUAUCAAAUGUAUGACAACUGUGUGAGGCUGGACGUGGCGUUCCGAGCUGCCACUGCUCUUGUCAGCGGAUCUGAAAAGUCUAUUUCCAUGCGGAAUUGCACUGGGCUACCUCCUGUGUUAGGCAUUGUGGGGGAUCCUUUCUCCUCUCACUCAAUUGCCAUUUCCAGUGUAUUGGGACUGUUCCAGGUUCCGAUGGUAAGCUUCUUUGCCACCUGUUCCUGCUUAAGUGAUAGACGGCGCUACCCCUCUUUUUUCAGGACUAUUCCAAGUGAUGCAUUCCAAGUGAGAGCUAUGAUACAGAUAUUGAAGCACUUCAGAUGGACAUGGGUGGGUCUCAUCUAUAGUGAUGAUGACUAUGGCCGCCAUGCUGCUCAGUCUUUUCAUGAGGAUAUCACUGCAUUUGGUGGCUGUGUGGCAUUCUCAGAAAUACUGCCCAAAGACAAUGAUAUUGUGGAGAUCAGAAAAAUAAUGCAGGUUAUUAAGAUAUCCACUUCUCAAGUGAUUGUGGUCUUCUCAGCAGAGGCAUACCUAAUGCCCUUCAUGGAUGAAGCAGUUCAUCAGAAUAUAACACGGCAGUGGAUUGCCAGUGAGGCAUGGUCCACUUCUAAUGCCUUUAUUGUACCUCGCCUGCUUCCUACACUCAGAGGCACUCUGGGCAUUGCCAUCCGGCGUGGAGAGAUUGAAGGACUGAAGGAGUUCCUAUUGAGUGUCCGCCCCGACAACAACACUGACAGUAUGGUGACAAAGUUCUGGCAGCACAUGUUCAGCUGCCGGUUUGAGCCAGAAGAGGCUUUGGCCAUGUCUGAGGGAAGAGUGUGUACUGGAGACGAGGACCUGAGCAAAGCUGAUUUGGCGUAUAGUGAUGUCUCUGACCUCAGACCCUCCUAUAACGUCUAUAAAGCAGUCUAUGCCCUGGCACAUUCUCUCCACAACCUGAUAAGCUGUGUUCCUGGGCAAGGGCCCUUUAAAGGGAAUAGCUGUGCCAGUCUACAUGAUAUGCAACCCUGGCAGUUGGUUCACUACCUACAAUCAGUGAACUUUACAACAGGUUUUGGGGAUCAUGUGUCUUUUGACGAGAAUGGCGAUGUCUUGGCAAUCUAUGACAUUUUAAACUGGCACGCAAUGCCAGAUGGAACGAUCAAGGCUAGAAUCGUGGGUGUUGUUGAUGAAUCGCAACCAACUGGGGAAAUGCUCAGGCUUCAUGAGGACAAAAUCUUCUGGAACUUUGAAUCAAACAAACCUCCUAGGUCAGUGUGUAGUGAGCCCUGUCCCCCUGGAACUAGAAAAGCCAGAAGGAAAGGACUACCUGUCUGCUGCUUUGACUGCCUCCCCUGUGCAGAUGGAGAGAUCAGUAACACUACAGAUUCUCUUGAAUGCUUCAGAUGUUCAAAAGAGUUCUGGUCAAGCUUGCAAAAAGACCAAUGUGUCCCCAAGGAGGUUGAGUUUCUCUCCUAUGAAGAGGCUUUGGGCAUUUCCUUGACAACAGUGUCUGUUCUUGGGGCGUGCAUUGCUGCUGUGGUCCUUGCUAUAUUUGUUCACUACCGUCAUACUCCUGUAGUGAGAGCCAACAACUCUGAACUGAGCUUCCUGAUUCUGCUUUCACUAAAACUCUGUUUCCUGUGUGCACUGCUGUUCAUUGGUCAGCCCAGGCUAUGGACCUGUCAGCUCCGCCAUGCAGCAUUUGGUAUCAGCUUUGUACUCUGUGUCUCUAGCAUUCUGGUCAAGACAAUGGUUGUCAUUGCUGUUUUUAAGUCCUCGAGACCUGAAGGUCAGGGGGCUAUGAAGUGGUUUGGGGCAGCCCAACAAAGAUGCACUGUCCUCAUCCUAACCUCUCUCCAAGUGGCCAUCUGUGUGAUCUGGCUCUCUACUGCCUCUCCUACACCUCACAAAAACACUCACUACCAGAGCUCCAAGAUUGUGUUUGAAUGUGCAGUUGGCUCAGUGGCAGGGUUUGCUGCAUUGUUGGGCUACAUAGGCCUUCUAGCAGCCAUUAGCUUUUUGUUAGCUUUCUUAGCAAGAAACCUCCCAGAUCAUUUCAAUGAGGCCAAGUUCAUUACCUUCAGCAUGCUCAUCUUCUGUGCUGUGUGGAUUGCUUUUGUUCCUGCCUAUGUCAGUUCUCCUGGUAAGUAUGCAGAUGCGGUGGAGAUCUUUGCAAUCCUGGCCUCCAGCUUUGGCCUACUCAUGGCCAUUUUUGCUCCGAAAUGCUACAUAAUUCUCCUGCAUCCAGAGAGAAACACCAAAAAGGCACUCAUGGGCCGAGGCUCUACAUGA